CUCCUCUCUCUCUCUCUCUCAAAUCAAAGAAUGGCAACUACAGUAAGCUCUAGGGCACACUCAACAACAGGUUAAUAAACUAUUGGCCAUAAUUGAAAUAUGUAUGUGAAGUCAUCAUAGUGUUCAAUGCAUUCAUCCAUUCCCAAUUUUCUCAUUGAAGAGUUUUGGGUCAUUACUAGCUUGAUUGUAGUGAAGUGUUUGGAGCUGAAUUUGUAGGUUUAAUGGCAGAAGAAUUGGUUGGGCCUCGCUUGUACAGCUGUUAUAAUUGUCGAAAUCAUGUUUCGCUUCACGACGAUAUAAUUUCUAAGGCUUUUCAGGGAAGAAAUGGUCGAGCCUUUCUGUUCUCUCAUGCUAUGAACAUUGUUGUGGGGCCUAAAGAAGAUAGGAAUCUCAUGACUGGUCUUCACACCGUUGCCGACAUCUAUUGUGCGGAUUGCCGUGAGGUGUUGGGCUGGAAGUAUGAACGGGCUUAUGAGGCAUCACAGAAGUACAAGGAAGGGAAGUUCAUACUCGAGAAGUCAAAAAUUGUGAAGGAGAAUUGGUAGAGCCUUCUAUAGGGGUCCUUGUAUCAUUCACCCCAUUGUCAAUGUAAGUGUGCAAUCAAUCCUCCUAAUGUUCAUUUUGUACAGAAACUCCUCACCCAAUUGAAAAUUUGUCACUCUCCCAAACUCUCCACUAUUACUGUCUGGUUCGUCUGGAAGUUUCUUAAACCAAUUGUUUCGUUGUCAAUAAAAUUGUGUUACUGUUCACAUUUUCGAAA